UCACCAAUACUAGAUAUGAUUCCAUAUUCAUUCAGUAUUAGACUUGCUGCCCUUGCUUCCUGCAAAGAACUCAUUGAUUUGGAGAAAUGGUUGAGCAGUAACUUGAACACUUAUAAAGAUGCAUUCUAUGAGGAAUGCAUCAAGUUCUUGAAGGAGGUGCAUCUUGCUGCUCAAGAUGUUAAUUCCAACCACUUCUUUUCUCCCAAUGCUCUUUGGACUAUUUAUUCAGAAACUUCUUCAACGUUCUUAAAGGUCCUCCAGUCUCAUUCUGGCCUAGUUUCUUCACCCUACUUAUUUGUGGAAGUGGAUAAGUUGCACGUAACAUACAAGGGAACCAAUUCACGGUUUAAGUGUGCUGAUUCUUCUGAUUUGUCAUCAUCUGAUUUUUAUUCUGAAGAUAUUGAAGCAGAAGCAAACUUGUGUCUCCAUCAACUUUUCACUGGUCAGCUGACUAAUGAUACAAUGAUUCUAAUGCCUGCUCAUUUGAAAAAAUCAACUGAAAAGAGGUCAAUUGCUUACAAAAAUCCAUUUCGAUGAUCUUCUGAUUUUAUAUUCGUCGCACAGAUGCAAAUCGUGGAUUCCUUUUCUUUUUGCACUUAUUUGAUUCUUACGAUUGCUUCUCCUCUGGUAUUUUUCUUGCUAACCAGAAAAAAACCAUGCAGCAGUUGGGAUAUAUACUUCAUUAUUCUCUUUUUUGU